GCGUGGGAGUGAGUUAGAGCGCGGACCUUCGGGAGAGGGGGCGCUCCGGAACAAGGUGGGGCCAAGUCCCCGCCCCCUUGGGUUCCCGGCGGCUUUGCAGUGAGGGAUGGUCUCUGAGCGCCAACCCACCUCUGAAGGGGCAGCGCGCGUAGCCACUCCCGCCGCUCUCAGCAGCCUCCUGCCGGCUCCCUCGGGCUGGUACUAAACCCCGGGGCACCGAGCCAGCGGCCGGACCCGGACUCUCCCUUUCCCACCGCCCCCGCCUUUGGCCAAUCAGCAAGGCGGCCGGGGCGGCUGAGCCUAGCUAUUGGUCUGGUCCUGCAGAGGGCGCUCCCCGAGUCCCGCCUCCUCCCGCGCCGCCAGCUUCUGGCUGGAAAGGCGGCCCAAAGCUGCUCCCUGAGUGCCGGGCGCGGGGUGGGGGGCAGCCAUGGCGAGCAGCCCAGGCAGAGGGGCCUCCUUGGAGGGUUUAUCCCUGGGCUCCUCUGAGGAAGCAGACUUCCGGAGGGAAGCCAUGCAGCAAGUCCUGGACAACUUGGGAUCCCUUCCCAAUUCCACGGGGGCUGCAGAACUGGACUUGAUCUUCCUUCGAGGCAUUAUGGAAAGUCCCAUAGUAAGAUCCCUGGCCAAGGCCCAUGAGAGGCUGGAGGAGACGAAGCUGGAGGCUGUUCGGGACAACAACCUGGAGCUGGUGCAGGAGAUCCUGCGGGACCUGGCGGAGCUGGCAGAACAGAGCAGCACAGCCGCUGAACUGGCCCGCAUCCUCCAGGAGCCCCACUUUCAGUCCCUCCUAGAGACGCACGACUCUGUGGCCUCAAAGACCUAUGAGACACCACCCCCCAGCCCCGGCCUGGACCCCACCUUCAGCAACCAGCCGGUGCCUCCUGACGCUGUGCGCAUGGUGGGCAUCCGCAAGACUGCUGGAGAACAUCUGGGCGUGACGUUCCGCGUGGAAGGUGGCGAGCUGGUGAUCGCGCGCAUUCUGCACGGGGGCAUGGUGGCGCAGCAAGGCCUGUUGCACGUGGGUGACAUCAUCAAAGAGGUGAAUGGGCAGCCGGUGGGCAGCGAUCCCCGCGCGCUGCAGGAGCUCCUGCGCAGUGCCAGUGGCAGCGUCAUCCUUAAGAUCCUGCCCAGCUACCAGGAGCCCCACCUGCCCCGCCAGGUAUUUGUGAAAUGCCACUUUGACUAUGACCCAGCCCGAGACAGCCUCAUCCCCUGCAAGGAAGCGGGCCUGUGCUUCAAUGCUGGGGACUUACUCCAGAUUGUAAACCAGGAUGAUGCCAACUGGUGGCAGGCAUGCCACGUAGAAGGAGGCAGUGCUGGGCUCAUCCCCAGCCAGCUGCUGGAGGAGAAGCGGAAAGCCUUUGUCAAGCGGGACCUGGAGCUGACACCCACCUCAGGGACCCUAUGCGGCAGCCUUUCAGGAAAGAAAAAGAAACGAAUGAUGUAUCUAACCACCAAGAAUGCAGAGUUUGACCGCCAUGAGCUGCUCAUUUAUGAGGAGGUGGCCCGCAUGCCUCCAUUCCGCCGGAAAACCCUGGUGCUGAUCGGGGCUCAGGGUGUGGGUCGGCGCAGCCUAAAGAAUAAGCUCAUCAUGUGGGAUCCAGACCGCUACGGCACCACAGUACCCUACACAUCCCGGCGGCCCAAGGACUCAGAGCGGGAGGGCCAGGGUUACAGCUUUGUGUCCCGAGGGGAGAUGGAGGCCGACAUCCGUGCUGGGCGUUACCUGGAACAUGGCGAAUAUGAGGGCAACCUGUACGGCACACGGAUUGACUCCAUCCGGGGUGUGGUUGCUGCCGGCAAGGUGUGCGUGCUGGAUGUCAACCCCCAGGCAGUGAAGGUGCUGAGAACAGCUGAGUUUGUUCCUUAUGUGGUGUUCAUUGAGGCCCCCGACUAUGAGACCCUUCGGGCCAUGAACCGGGCUGCACUGGAGAGUGGGGUGUCCACCAAGCAGCUCACGGAGGCAGACCUGAGACGGACAGUGGAGGAGAGCAGCCGCAUCCAGAGGGGCUAUGGGCACUACUUUGACCUCAGUUUGGUCAACAGCAACCUGGAGAGGACCUUCCGUGAGCUCCAGGCCGCCAUGGAGAAGCUGCGGACGGAGCCCCAGUGGGUGCCUGUCAGCUGGGUGUACUGAACCUGUUCAACUGGACCUUGUUCCCUCUGGGUUGUGACCCAGAAACCUGAGCCCAUCCCUUUCCCAACCAUGACCGUCAACCAUGAUCCUUAGCUGCAAUCCCUGGGGCACUGGUUCCCUGGGUAGCAGCUCCUAGCAGGCCCUAAGUCUGGCUUCGGCUCAGAGGCGUGCACUGCCAGGGAGGCGGGUGUUCAUGGGGUACCUCUGUGCCCAGGUGCUGCCCCCUCCUGAUGCCCUUUGGCCACCAGUUAUUCCUCCCUGAGGGCCAAACUGUGCCCAGGAGUGUGUCAGAGUCACCUCCAAAAGGCUCAGUUCAGAGAAAAGAGGAGCUGCUUUAGGACCAUGUGGUCAGUAGGUACACUGCCCCUGCCACCUCUCUCCAGUCAUCUUUUCUCCUCUGGAUUGGCCACCCCACCCCAUUCCUCCCACCUCUUACCCCUAUGUCCUAGGAGCAGGCCUUAGGCUUUUUCUAUGUGGCCAGGGGAGUGCAAGGCCCCGGCAGCCAGGUAGGUCUGAGCAGUGAUGCCAGCCUGGUGCCAUCCUGAAGACUGCAGGAGCUAAAGCAUGAGCCAGUUGUCACAGCUGGGAGCAGUGCAGCUCUCUGCCCCCUUGGAAUGAGGCAGAGUCCCACGAGUGGACCCUGCCCUGCAUUUCCCUCAUCCACAGCUUUUCACUGCCGAAGUCUCUCCACAGACUUCUCCAAUGUGUCCCUGACAGGUCUGCUCUGCUCUCUGCAGGCAAGGCCAGCAGGGGUCAGCAGGCUCAGCCCAGGUCAGGGUGGGGUUGGAGGCUGAGCCUGCAACCAGGAGCCUGCUACUACUGACCGAAGAGCUCCAAGCUCUCCAUGGCCCAUGGUGAGGACACAUCUGGGCCCCCUGUUCAUGACCAUUGUCCAUUGUGGUCUUUGCUUUGGCCAGGGCCACAUGGUCUACUAGUAUCAGGGCUGACUGGGGUGCUGAGGAAUGGUGUGGAGGGGAACUGUGAGCACUGGGCCAUGGAGUAUUGUGCUUUGGCAGGCUCCUCAUUGCUCAACUCCAGGUGGUACCAUCCAUAAUGUUUCUGUGCAAUUUUCGUCCCACAUGUGACACACCUGGUCGGAGUUUCUGCCACUGGCUUGUGUGUGUCAGGCUUGGUUUUUGGAGAGGAGAAGCUUUGGAGGUCACUCUUUGGAUCCCCUUUUCAGGGUUUCCCAUUAGCUCCCAUGUCUUAUGAAACCCUUAUCCCAGAUUCUAGAGCCUUGGCCCUCCCAGAUGUCUUCCUCCAGCUCUCCUACUGUCCUCUGACCCUAAAUACCACUGUCCAGUACUUGGGGAGGGCAAUGUGUAAAAUAGGAGAAUCCCCCCCUUUUUUUAGAGAGAGAGAGAGAGAGAGAGAAAUCUAUGUGAGAGAGAAACAUUGAUUGGUCACCUCCACACGUGCUCCAACUGGUGAUUAAACCCGCAACCUGGGUAUGUGCCCUGAGUGGGAAUCGAACCCACAACCUUUUGGUGUAUGGGACAAUGCUCCAACCAACUGAGUCAUACCAGCCAGGGUGAGAAUCCUUUUUAAGGAAAGAAUGCUGUCCUCAACUUCCCGAGGCAUCUCAUCCCUCAUCCUUCUCUGUGAUCCUUCCUGGGGUGAGCCUGUCCUUGCAGGGGCCCCCCAGCCCCUGUGCUUCGCAGUCCUUCUGAAUGUCUAAUCAGUGUUCGCUGCAGUGUCAGCCAAGCUGGCCCCUGAACCACUGUGUGCCCAUUUCCUAGGGAAGGGGAGGGAGAAGAAACAGAAUAUUUAUUACAAAGUUAGAAAUAUAUUUAUUAUAUUAGGUAUCUCAUUGCAUUUGCAUAGGACAUGCAAAUGAGAUGUCAAGGUCAAGCCUGCUCCCAUCUCAUUUGCAUAGCUUUGCAUCCACUAUGCAGUCAUCUUUAUACUCGUCUUUUCCCUUUAGUCAGCCUUGUUUUUAUCCUAAUUCAGCUCCAACAUAACCCUCACCCAAAGCCCAAGGGGACUGGGAGUGGGAGGAAAAUGGGGUGUUCUGCUGGCCUGAGGCCAGUGUCCUUUGCCAGUUCCCACCUCACCUGGGGGACUUUGGAGUGGAGGCCGCAAAGGACCUGCUGUUGUAGCCACCCACUCCCCCUUGGUUAAUCUCUAAAGCCCUCUAACCAGGAGAUGGGGGGUUAGGGGAGCUGGGCACCUUGCUGGGGUGUAGGCAGGUGACCCUUUAAGGCGAAUCUCCAGUGUUGAUGCUGGCACCUUCACCUCUAGUGAUUCCCAGGGGGCAGGGCUGGGCCCCUCUCCUGUCUCCAUCUCCCCACUCCAUGGAACAGGCGUGUGCACCCACCGAGUUCGCUCUGACUGUCCUCCCUCCCACUGUGGACGCUUGUAUUUGAGGGACCUCAGGAUAUGAGGUUCCUGUUCCCCACUGUCCACACUAAGUCCAAGCCCAGUUGCCCUUCCCCUCUCUCCUCCCUCAGUCACCCAAUUCCUGAGCUUUCUCUCUUGACUGGUUUUCUUUCUUUUCCUUUGAUUAAAUGUGAAAGCAAAGGC